GUGGCCCCGCCGUGCCUCAGCAUCCUCACCUGUAACCUGGGGCAAUAAGAAUGAUGAGCUUUCAUACUAUGGGGCUGAAGGUGAAAUGGAAAAUCCUGUGCAAACGCUGCACCCCGUGCUCAGCACCUGCGGGCCUCGAUUCAGAGUCACUGUUAGCAGCACCUCGGUACCCUCCACGCCCCUGAGAGCUCUGUGGUUUGCAAGCUUUACAUUCAGGAAAGUGAGGUUUGGAUGGGGCGGGGGCGUGUCCCCUUGUGGGCCCAGAGAGGAAGUGGCCCAGCAGAGGCCCUGGCCCAGGGGUCUCUGGCUCCCUUCAGGUCCUUCCCCACCUCGCAGCCCCGGCCCCAAGCAGCCCCAUGUGCCCUGACCUCCAGCCUGGAUCCGUUUUCCUGAGUCCCAGGCCCAGGGCGCCUCCCCUGACGGGAUUCUGCCUCUUCCCUUAGGACGGAGCCCCUGGAUUCCCAGCUUCCUUGUCAAGGAGGAGGAAGGACAUCCAUCUGCUGGGGCCUGAGUGUGGCCUGGGGGACAGGCCAUCGGUCCCGGAAUGCCCCUGCCUGAGCCCAGCGAGCAGGAGGCUGAGAGUGUGAAGGCCGGCCAGGAGCCGUCCCCUGAGUCCCCUGAGCUGGGCACAGAUGUCAUCCCUGCAGCCCCCACAAAGCCCAAGGAGUUCUCCAAACUGGUCCUGCUGACAGCCUCCACCGAGAAUGGGGAUGGAGUGGACUCCCAGCCCAAAGGAGUGCCCUGCACCGUGUCCCUGGAGAUGUCUGGUGCUGACACCCUGGCCAGGACCCCCCACAUCCUGCCAUCAGAGGAGCAGGGGGGUGCAGUCCAGCCAAGCCCCCUGGCCUCUGAGCAGAAAUGCAGCAAACCAGACACAGCAGCCCCCAAGCCCCUGGAGUUCCUGAGGACCCCAUUUGGGGGCCGCCUCCUGGUCCUCGAGUCCUUCCUGUACAAGCAGGAGAAGGCCGUGGGCGACAAGGUCUACUGGAAGUGCCGGGAGCAUGCCGAGCGGGGCUGCCGGGGCCGGGCCAUCACCCGUGGGUCACGGGCCACAGUGAUGCGGGACCACUGCCACCCACCCGAUGAGGAGGGCCUGGAGGCCCGGCGCCAGAGACAGAAGCUGCCCAGCCCAGCCCUUCCGGAAACCUUAGGGGGUCCCCAGAGCCCUGGAAGCCAAGUGGAGGAGCCACUGGAGGGGGUGGGCCCAUGGCUGUGCCCCCAGGAGCCAGAGUCUGCCCCAGCACUGCUGCUGAGCAAGCCGGCCCCGGAGGAGGAAGAGGGGCUGCGAGCCCUGUCGCUGCUCAGCCUGCCCCCCAAGAAACGCCCGACACUGGGGACCGGAGAGCCCCGGCCCCUGGAGUUCCUGAGGACAUGCUACGGGGGCAGCUUCUUGGUGCACGAGUCCUUCCUCUACAAGCGGGAGAAGGCCGUGGGGGACAAAGUGUACUGGACUUGCCGGGACCACGCGCUGCACAGCUGCCGCAGCCGGGCCAUCACCCAGGGCCAGCGGGUGACCGUGAUGCGCGGCCACUGUCACCCGCCUGACAUGGAGGGCCUGGAGGCCCGGCGGCAGCAGGAGAAAGCCAUGGAGACACUGCAGGCUGGGCCGGGAGGUCCCGGGGGCCAAGUGGACAAGCUAUUCCAAGGCGUGGACAGCCUGUUGUACCGCAGGGGCCCCGGCAGCCUGACGCUCACCAGGCCGCGGCCAAGGAAGCGUGCCAAGGUCAAAGAUAAGGGCCUGGUCCAGCCCCAAGCCUCGCAGGGAGCCCCUGAGGACCAGGAUGAGGACCUGGGAGGCCCUGAGUUCCUGAGGACCCCGCUAGGGGGCAGCUUCCUGGUACAUGAGUCCUUCCUCUACCGGCGGGAGAAGGCGGCGGGGGAGAAGGUGUACUGGACGUGCCGGGACCAGGCCCGCAUGGGCUGCCGCAGCCGGGCCAUCACCCAGGGCCAGCGGGUGACCGUGAUGCGCGGCCACUGCCACCCGCCCGACCUGGGGGGCCUGGAGGCCCUGAGGCAGCGGGAGAAACGCCCAGGCUCAGCCCAGCGGGGCAGCCCAGGAGGCCCUGAGUUCCUGAGGACCCCCCUGGGGGGCAGCUUCCUGGUCUACGAGUCCUUCCUCUACCGGCGGGAGAAGGCGGCGGGGGAGAAGGUGUACUGGACGUGCCGGGACCAGGCCCGCAUGGGCUGCCGCAGCCGGGCCAUCACCCAGGGCCCGCGGGUGAUGGUGAUGCGCAGGCACUGCCACCCGCCCGACCUGGGGGGCCUGGAGGCCCUGAGGCAGCGGGAGCAGCUCCCCUGCCCGGCCCAGAGGGAAGGCUCAGGAACCCUCCGGCCUCUGGAGUUCCUGAGGACUUCCCUCGGGGGCAGGUUCCUGGUGUACGAGUCCUUCCUCUACCGGAAGGAGAAGGCGGCGGGGGAGAAGGUGUACUGGAUGUGCCGGGACCAGGCCCGCAUGGGCUGCCGCAGCCGGGCCAUCACCCAGGGCCAGCGGGUGACCGUGAUGCGCGGCCACUGCCACCCGCCUGAUCUGGCGGGCCUGGAGGCCCUGAGGCAGCGGGAGCGGCUCCCCAGUGCGGCCCAGCAGGAGGACCGAGAAAAGAUAAAACUUCUGCCUAAAGUUCAGCUGUGCCUCAAGACGUGUUCUCCUGAAAGCCAGCAGACUUACGGGAAGGUCACAGAUAGAGAACUUGGCAGCGAGUCCCACUGAGGCCACUCUCCUCCAGAUUUGAGCAGAGAAGCCUCACGAGUUGCCAGCGUCCAGGAUGCUCUUCGUCUGCACGGGACCCCACCCGGCAUUUCCCACCCGGUUAGAGUUUGCCUGACAAAAACUUGCACUCUUCCAAAGCGUCCGUGGCCUUCACAUCUCCUCACGACGUCUCCCAGGAGGGAUAUUUUGAUCGUGUCUUCGUGCCGGCAAAGAGGAGCCCCAGGAGCGGGGCGGCUUGCAGGCCUGCCUGACGUAGGGAAGGCUCCGACCUCCAAAAGAGCUGAAGAAGCAUCUUUUGACAAAGACACCUCUUCCCUGCUCUGCGCUCACAACCGUCUGUUUUCAGAGCACGCGAGCGACGUUGCCAAGGACUUUCCCGUCGGGUGUGGCCCUGCUUCAUCCAGGGCACCUCGGGGGAAGUUCCUGCUUCUUCAAGCUGAGCUGAGCUGCUCUGCAGAGCUCCAGGCACCCCACUGGGCCUUCAUGCUCCGGGCUGCAUCCAUCCCUCACGGUGACAGGGCACGCCAAACCAGAAGCCUCACUACACCCUCUGUCGGACUUUCUUUCCUUUGCUGUUUCCAACUUAAAUUAAACCCAGUGUCCACGAUCCCCACGGCAGGUGUUGUUCCCAGCAGUGGGAGCCGGCCCAGAUGUCCGCAGGAAGGCGGCCCUGGGCAGACACUCCUGAUGAGGCCAGUGGUGUCCUGGGUUGCCCAGGUUCAUCUGAUGCAGGAGGAGAGGCAGACCAGAUAGCAGCAGAGGCGCAUCCCCUCUCCUGUCUGGUAGAGGCGCAGAGAGCUAGUCUAGCUGGUCCGAGGAGAAGAGGGCUGACAUCCUCUGGGAACUCCAGAGGCUGCUGCUUGCUAACAAGGCCACGUCCUUGACAGCGAGUUUUCUUGCCCUCAUCCUGUAAUCACAGAUGGAGCACACAGCGGGAGGCUCCCUCCCUCCUGGCAAGCUGGCCAUGGAGCCUGCCAUCCAGCUGUGGGACAGUGACAGCUCGAGUCCCCCCCCACUGUCCCUCUGCUUAUACAUUUCCCCCAAUAAACCCUAUUUUAUAUCUCA